AUGGAGGCCGCCAUCUUGACUUUGGUCAACCAGUUCAAGGCGUACGCGGGCAAUGAUGGGUGUGCUGGCACACUAAGUCGGGAUGAGUUCCACCAAUUGGUCGCCGCGCAGCUUCCCAACUUUGUCAAGACCGGCGAUUCUGGCGCAGUGGACCGCCUCAUGUCGUCCCUGGACCAGAACGCCGACGGCGAGCUGACCUUUGACGAGUUCUGGCAGCUGAUCGGCAAACUGGCCGCCCAGCAGGGCGCUUAG